UGUAUGUUCAUUGGACUGUCCUGACUGCAUGACGACCGCGUACCGAAUCCUACUCAAAUCGGAACCAAGGCAAUGCUCACGAACGACUAUACGACAUUUUGACGAUCUGCUUUCUUGACGAUUGGAACGACACGGACACCACGCAUCAUGACGGAACAAGGAUACCUUUCCUCAGGGUCUGGGAGCGGCAAGAUGUCUGGUGGUGAGGGAAGUGACAGGUCAAGCAUCGUUCUCAAAGUAGGCAUGGUCGGAGACUCUCAGAUUGGAAAGACAUCUCUGAUGGUGAAAUAUGUGGAGGGGAGCUUUGAUGAGGAUUACAUCCAGACUUUGGGAGUCAACUUCAUGGAGAAGACUAUCAGCAUACGGAACACGGAAAUCACCUUUUCGAUCUGGGAUUUAGGCGGCCAACGAGAGUUCGUAUCGAUGCUACCCUUGGUGUCAAAUGACGCAGUGGCGAUUCUGUUCAUGUUCGACUUGACACGGAAGGCUACUCUCAAUAGUGUCAAGGAGUGGUAUCGACAAGCCAGGGGUUUCAACAAGACGGCUAUACCAGUCUUGGUGGGCACGAAAUAUGACAUGUUUGUGUCCUUCCCGCACGAGGAACAGGAGGAGAUCACAAAACAGUCCAAGAGGUUCUCAAAAGCUAUGCACGCGCCUUUGGUGAGCCGGUCUAUGUUCGCAGCAUCUGAUCAGCAGAUCUUUUGCUCGACGGCGCAGGCGAUAAAUGUGCAGAAAAUCUUCAAGAUUGUCCUGGCCAAGGCUUUCGACCUGAAGGUAGGCCGGGUUCCCGUUGACACCUGCUGACAGAAUCAGUGUGUCAUUCCAGAAAUCGAU